AUGCCCUCUCACAAUCACGCCAACUACCAAGCUCGGCUUGAUUUCUAUGACCCCGAGUGCAUUUUUGAGUACAACAACUUUGUUUACCACGUCUCACUCGCGUCGCCGCUCAUCGCGGACCACUCAGACAACAACUGGAAUGGCACCUUUCAGCCAGGUACUGUGGCCAUUUCCAAGGGCACAAAAGACCUCGUGGUGCGACUUGGUAAUCGUGAUAUUGAGGGUGUUCACCAAGCGACCCGUAUUGAGAACGGAGUAGCAAUAACCAACCUGGUCUUGGCGGCUCUCAGCCAUGCCUUCCAGCCAUCCAUUGUUCCUCGGAUUUAUGGGUGGGGAAGCGCUGCAGCUGAAGCUGCUCAGGGCUGGAUACUGCAGGAGUUCAUGCCGGGGAUUGGCGUGGACCAGCCGUUUAGUCAGCAGGAUCUUGAGCAGAAGAAGGCACUGUUGGCUCAGAUGGCAAAAAUCGUCAAAGCCCUGCAGGCCUAUAGCCUGCCGUCUACGAUCACUGGCUACGGAGGUCUGACGUUCAACGAAGGUGGUGAGAUCGUCAGUGCAGCUAUGCCCACGGUUGGCGCUGGGCCUUGGCCGUCUUACCAAGCGUCAUUUCAAUACCGCCUGGACCUGGCCCUCAAAAAGGCUGAUUCAAAUCCAUACAUCAAGGGAUGGCGAGCCAAUGGGCUUCGGGAGCGCAUUGAUGCUUUCGUCCAGCGGGGCGUUCCGGCUCAGUUCGAGUCGUUGAGCGAUAAGGAUGACAAGGUGGUGGUGCACUGUGAUUUUAGUAAGAUUCCAAAUCCCAGCACUACAGCUGUGUCAGGCUGCGUUUUGUCUCUGCCGAUAGCUGACCCUCCCGAUCCAGGCCCAACCAACAUCUUAUUUGACGAAGCCUCGGGGCGUAUAACCGCCCUCAUUGAUUAUGACUUUUCCUGGAUCUCUCACCCCUCUUACGAGUUUCUGCGCUCAUUCGAUGGUCUCGGGGGCCAAUUUUGA